GGUGAGAUGGCCAAGACGGACGAGCCGAUGGUGGACGCGGACGAGGACAACCCGUUCUCGCAGUACUACGGCAUGCUGCUGCACCAGCAAAACAUGCUGCAGGACCACGUGCGCACGAGCACGUACGAGCGCGCCAUGCUCGCCAACGCCUCGGACUUUGCCGGCAAGGUCGUGCUGGACGUUGGGACCGGGUCUGGCAUCCUCGCGUACUUUGCCAUCAAGGCUGGCGCCAAGCGCGUGUACGCCGUCGAGCUCAGCGCGAUGGCUGACUGCGCGCGAAAGCUUCUCACAGACAAUGGCCUCGCCGACCGCAUCAUCGUGCUUCGCGGCAAGGUCGAAGAGGUUGAGCUGCCCGAGAAGGUCGACAUUGUCAUCUCCGAGCCCAUGGGCUUCUUCCUCGUGCACGAGCGCAUGCUCGAAUCGUACGUCUCGGGGCGCAUCAAGUGGAUGAAGCCGGGCGGGCUCAUGUUUCCGUCCAUCGGCACGAUGUUCGUCGCUCCGUUUUCGGACGACGCGAUCUACCAAGAGCAGAUGGGCAAGGUGAGCUUCUGGCGCCAGCGCGACUUUUACGGCCUCAACCUGAGCUCGCUCGUCGACGAGGCGAUGGACAACCACUUUUCGCAGCCCGUCGUGGGGUACUUUUCGCCCUCGGUUCUCAUUUCGGGCUCGACCGUGUCGCACACACUCGACUUUGGACGCAUGGCGGUCGAAGACUUUCACGGUUUUGACAUUCCGUUCCAGUUUACGAUCAACCGCACAUCCAUCUUGCACGGUCUCGCGUGCUGGUUCACGGUUGAUUUCAUUGGGUCGACGGCCACGGUCGUGCUCUCGACGGCGCCAUCCGAGACGGGCACACACUGGUACCAGUGUCGGCUCCUCCUCAAGCAACCGAUCGCCGUCAACAGUUCGCAGUCCGUUUCUGGCAACCUGCACUUUGUCGCCAACAAAAAGUUCAGCUACGACAUCGACAUGGAAGUGCGUCUGGAUGGCACGACGAUCACAUCGACGAACCAGAUUCGACUCCACGACCAAAUGUACCACUACAUGUACAACCCGCCGUCGUAAUGACGCGGCUAACGUCUAAAUCAAAUGCCCAAGAGUUGCUAUGUACAAGUG